AUGCAGACCAUUCGAUUCAAUAAAAAUGCGCUCGGUGUGCUCGUCGCGUGCGCGCUUUUCCUCAUUUGUGUCAUCUCGAUGAUGACGUCAUCGGAAGAGCCGGCGCAGAUCAGCCACGUUCGCGACGUUCAAUUUCGUUCGGCGCAAUUAGAUGAAUUGAAAAAGUCUGAAAUGAAGAGAAAGACGACGAAAUUGAAAGAAUCGACGAUGGAGAAUUUGGCAAAAGUGGAACCGCCGAAGGUUGUAAUAUUGCCGCCGACGGCCGCCGAAGAUGCCGAUGAUUUGGAGAAACGCAUCGGCAAACGGCAUUAUGCCGAUGAUCCGAAUGAUGAGAAUGACUUGAGGCGGCAAAAAGUGAAAGAGAUGAUGGUGCAUGCGUGGAGCGGCUAUAAAAACUACUCAUGGGGCAGCAAUGAGUUGAAGCCGAUCGCGAAACGAGCAAACUCGCAAAACAUUUUCGGCGGCAGCCAUAUGCCGGCGACAAUCAUCGACGCGAUCGACACGUUGUACCUAAUGGAUUUGAUGGACGAGUUCGAUGAGGCGAGACGUUAUAUCAAGGAGAAAUUCUCGAUGGACAGCUCGACGACGACGACGCUGUCGGUGUUUGAGACGACGAUUCGGAUACUCGGCGGACUAUUGUCGACGUAUGCGUUCACUGGAGAUGAGGUCUUCUUAACAAAAGCGCGCGAAGUUGGCGAGGCAUUAUUGCCGGCGUUCAACACGCCGUCGGGAAUACCGAAGAGCAAUUUGGACGUGAAAACGAAGUACGCGUCGAACUACGGCUGGGCGAACGGCGGCCAAUCGAUACUCGCCGAAUUUGGAAGUUUACACUUGGAGUUUGUCUAUUUGAGUCGAGCGUCGAAAUCGCCGAUAUUCGAGAAGAAGGUGCGCAAAGUUCGUGACGCGAUGGAUCGUGUGCCGAAAAUCGAUGGGCUCUACUCGAACUAUGUGAAUCCGGAGACGGGAAAAUUCGCCGCCGGCUAUCAUAUGUCUUUGGGUGCUCUCGGCGACUCGUUCUAUGAGUAUCUCAUCAAAUCCUAUGUGCAAUCCAAUCGGACCGACAUGCAAGCGAAACGAAUGUAUUGGGAAGUGAGCAAAGCGAUCGAGGCGCAAAUGAUUCGCGUUUCGGAGAAGAGCAAUCUCACCUAUACGGUCGAGCUCAGCGGCGGAAUGGUGCAACACAAAAUGGGACAUUUGGCGUGUUUUGUGCCGGGCAUGUUCGCGUUGCAGGCGGCGAACGAGGAGACGCAUGAGGAGAAGGAGAGGGUGAUGAAGUUGGCUGAGGAGCUUGGCAAGACGUGCCAUGAGAGUUACAUUCGAUCGACGACCGGCAUCGGACCGGAGAUGUUCUAUUUCAAUGGUGUCGAUGAGGCGACGAGCUUACACUCGGAGAAUGGCUACAUUCAGCGGCCCGAAGUCAUCGAAGGCUGGUUUUAUUUGUGGAGGCUUACUGGUAAUGAGAAAUAUCGCCAAUGGAUUUGGGACGCGAUUCAGGCGAUUGAUAAGCAUUGUAGAGUUGAAGCUGGCUUUGCCGGUUUGAGGAAUGUCUACAAGCCGGAUCAGGGAUAUGAUGACACUCAACAAUCAUUUCUUCUCGCCGAGACCUUUAAAUAUGCUUAUUUGGCGUUUGCUGAUAACUCGCUUAUCGAUUUGAAUACUUGGGUUUUUAAUACGGAAGCGCAUCCAUUCCCAAUUUUGGAUCAUUAA